AUGGAACUGGAGCUGGAGUUGCGGAGAUCGGCCACCGGGCCCAAGGAGUUGCGCCCCCCCGGCCUCGAGCGGAGAGAGUCGGCGCCCAAAGGCUGGAAGCCCCGGAGGGUGCUGGAGAGCCUGAAGUUGCGCCGCGCCGAGAUCAGCCGGGCGGCGGAGGUGGUGAACCGCGUCGUGGACCACCUGCAGCGGAGGCUGCAGUGCUGUCAGUGCGAGUUCCGAGGCACCUCGCUGCUGCGCGCCGGGAGUUACUAUGAGCACGUGAAGAUAUCUGCGCCAAAUGAAUUUGAUGUCAUGUUCACACUGAACAUUGAAAGAAUCCAGCUAGAAGAAUAUUUCGAUAGUUGUGCUUUUUACUUUGUGAAGCUCAAAAGAAACCCCAAGGGAAAUCCUCUGAGCCAGUUUUUAGAAGGGGAAAUAUUAUCUGCUUCUAAAAUGCUGGCACAGUUUAGGAAAAUCAUUAAGGAAGAAAUUAAAAACAUUGAAGAUACAGCUAUUGCUCUGCAGAGGAAAAAGAAAGGGAGCCCUGCCGUAACGCUUCUCAUUAAAAGCCCUAUGGAAAUAUCUGUGGAUAUAAUCUUGGCCUUGGAGUCCAAGAGCAGCUGGCCUGCUAGCACCAAAAACGGUCUGCCCAUCCAGAACUGGCUUGGAGUGAAAGUUAGACGGGACCUAAGACUACAGCCGUAUUACCUCGUCCCCAAGCAUGCAAAGGAAGGACACUGUUUUCAAGUUUCUAACAUUGACCAGUCUGAAAAUGCAAAAAUGAUCGAUAGGAAAGAGUGUUUAAAACUAAUGAAGUAUCUUUUACAACAGCUGAAAAAAAAGUUUGAAAACCGAAGAGAACUGGACAAAUUCUGUUCUUACCACGUGAAAACGGCCUUCUUUCACAUUUGUGCCCAGGACCCCUGUGACAGCCAGUGGCGCUUCAAGGACCUGGAGCAGUGCUUUGAGAACUGUGUGUCACACUUCCUUCAGUGCCUCCAGACAGAGCACCUGACCCAUUACUUCAUUCCUGGGUUCAAUCUCUUCUCGCCAGACAAAAUUGAAAAAGCAAAUAAAGAAUUUCUGCUAAGGCAAAUUGAAUAUGAAAGAGACAACGGAUUUCCAGUUUUUGGGGAAUAUUGA